AUGGAUAAAAACCAGACAGAAUUUGUGAGAGAAUUUGUCCUGGCAGGCUUUUCCCAGUCACCAAGCAUUGAGGCAGGGCUCUUCGUAUUAUUUCUCUUCUUCUACGUGUCCACUUGGGUGGGCAAUGUCCUUAUCAUGCUCACCGUGGCCUCUGAUAGCCAACUGAAUUCAUCUCCCAUGUAUUUCCUGCUUGGCAAUCUGUCUUUCCUGGACCUCUGCUACUCAACUGUAACGACACCAAAGCUUCUAGCUGACUUCCUUGAUAAGGACAAGCUCAUCACCUAUGACCAGUGCAUUGUGCAGCUCUUCUUCCUGCACUUCGUAGGGGCCGCAGAAAUGUUCCUGCUCACAGUGAUGGCCUACGAUCGUUACGUGGCGAUUUGCCGCCCCCUACACUACACCACUGUCAUGAGUAGAGCAUUAUGCUGUUUUUUGGUCGUUGCUUCUUGGACUGGGGGGUUUGUGCAUUCCACUGUUCAGACAAUUCUCACCAUCCAUCUCCCUUUCUGUGGACCAAACCAGGUGGACAACUUCUUUUGUGAUGUUCCUCCUGUCAUCAAACUGGCCUGUGCAGAUACUUUUGUCAUUGAACUGCUAAUGGUGUCUAACAGUGGGUUGAUCUCCACCAGCUCCUUUGUGGUACUGGUUUCUUCCUAUACCACUAUCCUGAUCAAGAUUCGCUCCAAGGAAGGAAGACAAAAAGCACUCUCUACCUGUGCUUCCCAUCUCAUGGUGGUAACACUCUUUUUUGGACCCUGCAUUUUCAUCUAUGCUCGGCCUUUUUCUACUUUUUCUGUGGACAAGAUGGUAUCUGUGCUCUACAAUGUUAUCACCCCCAUGCUGAAUCCGCUCAUCUACACUCUACGGAACCAAAAUGUUAAGUCAGCCAUGCGAAAGCUGUGGGACAGGAGUGAUCUUACUAGGAAAAAGUAA